AUGGAAGAUGGAACCGAACGUCCCAUUGCGUAUGCUUCUCGCUCGUUGACUAAGGCGGAGAAGGCAUAUUCCCAGAUCGAUAAGGAAGCUUUGAGUAUCUACUGGGGAGUACAGAAAUUUCAUACUUACCUGUACGGACGUCAUUUUACGUUGAUCACAGACCACAAACCACUUGUGAGCAUUUUUCACCCUGAAAAACAGCUACCUGCAAUGACAACUGCUAGAUUGCAGCGCUAUGCUAUAUUUUUAUCGAGCCACAAUUACAGCAUAGAAUACAGAAAUACUGCAAAUCAUGGAAACGCAGAUGGAUUAUCAAGACUACCCUUGUCUGCACCCAGUACCAGUACAGAUGAAGAAACUGAUGCUUGUAAUGUCUUUUAUUCUUCACAGUUUGAAAACUUACCUGUUACUUGUGACACUGUAAGAAAAGAGACACAACGUGAUCCAGUCUUAUCGCAAGUGCUAGACAUUGUCUUACAAGGAACUCGUGACUUUCCUCCUGAGAACGACUUCAAAACAUACAGGAAUAGGAGCAAGGAACUUACUGCUCACCAAAACUGUCUACUUUGGGGAAACAGAGUCGUUAUUCCUGCAACACUUCAAAGUGAAAUAUUGACAGAACUUCAUAAAAGUCACCCAGGAAUCGUCAGAACGAAGAGCUUAGCGAGAUCUUAUGUAUGGUGGCCCACUCUUGACAGCGACAUUGAAGAAAUGUGUCAGCACUGUGUUGAUUGUCAACAAUACUUACCAAAACCCGAGGCAGCUCCUGUACAUCCCUGGGAAUGGACUGGUUCUCCGUGGGAGAGGGUUCAUGUGGACUUUGCUGGACCAUUUAAAGGACAGAUGUACUUCAUUCUGGUAGACUCGCAUUCCAAAUGGCCAGAAGUUGUGCGCAUGUCUUCAACAACAGCAACUGCGACCAUCAACGUCCUUAGAGAUAUCUUCGCACAUCUCGGACUACCGAAAACAUUGGUUUCCGACAAUGGACCGCAAUUUGUUGCUGAUGAAUUCAAGACAUUUUUGCGACAAAAUGGAGUGAAACAUGUGACAUCAUCACCUUAUCACCCCAGGACAAAUGGACUGGCCGAACGUUUCGUGAGGAGUUUCAAAGCAGCCAUGAAGAAAGACAGCAAAAUAACCUCUAAGGAGAUUGACAUUUUCCUCAUGACAUAUAGAGUGACUCCACACGCUACCACAGGAGAGACACCUGCGAAAUUACUUAUGGGGCGAAAUCUUAGAACACGCUUGGACCUACUGAAACCUGACACCAGCAAUAAAGUGCGACAGAAACAGGACAAAAUGAAGCUGUCGAAACACACAGGAUCCAACGUGCGCCAAUUCACCGUUGGAAAAUCCGUGAUGGUUCGAGACUACAGAGGAAGUGUACCAUGGAUUCUUGCUACAGUAACGUCUUGUUUAGGACCACUCACAUACGAGGUGAAGACCAAGGAGGAAGGAGUGUGGCGUCGGCACGUGGACCAGAUGAGAAGAGCUUCAGAAACCUUGACAGAGAAAACUGUACAAGACACAUUAGCCAAAGCAAUUCUGAGCCGAUGGAAACACCUGCAGUACCGUUUACCUACCCUACCGAUUCACCGGAAGUGUCAGAUCGUCCGUCAUCGCGGUUGA